AUGGACGACAGCGGAAAGGAAGCGAUCAUGGGCACUGGAGGGUUGGUCAAGCUUCUGCUGUCGAUAUUCGUCAGUGCCGAGGAGAGAGAGCUCGGCCAUGGGGCCGGCAAGGCGCUGGCGAUGCUAGCGCUGGAGAGCGAGACGGGUUGCGCGGCGAUACUCAAGCGAGCCGACGUGCUCCAGCUCGUCUCGGCGUUGCAGGACGGUGACGACGCCCGCCGCCUGAACGCGGCGAGGGUGCUGCGGAGCCUGUGCGCCUACUCGGGCCCGGAAUAUAGGGAGCGGCUGCGCGUGGCGACCAAGGUGCUGCCGGUGGUACUGGGUGUCACCAUGACGAACAGGGACCAGGUCCUGGAGGUGUGCGUCGGCCUGACGACACAGAUCUGCAGGUUCAUCGACGGCGAGCGAUUCGCUGCCGAGUUGCGCGGCGCCGGCGUGGAGGAGCGGGCGUAUGUGCAACGGCUGGCGGCAAUCCUGCGGGAGAACAAGGACCCGAAGGUCAAGAUCCCCCGGAUGCGGCGGUUCGUGGUGCAGCAGGUUAUCUGGUUGAUGACGUGCUCGGGCGGUGGCGGAUACAUGGAGCUCCUGAGGGGAGUGGGGAUGGAGGGCCUGCUCGAGUCCAUCGCCGAUACCACAUCGGAGCUGGAGAGCUACCAUGUCUUCUCCGGCAGUGUCGGUAUUGGCAAGCACCGUGAGAGCUUCCCAGGCAUUGUGGACUCCGCGCUUGAGCUCAUCAAAGGCGGCGGCGGCGGAGCUACAGCAGAAGAGUGA